AUGGCCUCUGUAAAAGUGGCUGUAAGGGUGCGCCCAUUCAAUCAAAGGGAGAAGGAUAUGAAUGCCAAGUUGAUUGUCCAAAUGGAAGGGAAGAAAACAAGACUGCUUGCUGUGAAAAAUAGCAAAGAACAAAACGAUGGCACCCGGGAGAAGUUUAAGGAUUUUACCUUCGACCACUCCUACUGGUCGUUCGACAGUGCUGACAAACAAUAUGCGGCUCAGGACCAAGUAUUCUCAGACUUAGGUUUAGAUGUGCUUGACAGCGCGUUCGAGGGCUACAAUGCGUGCGUGUUCGCGUACGGUCAGACCGGCAGCGGGAAGACUUUCACUAUGAUGGGAUCCCCCGAAUCCCAAGGCUUAAUACCACGAAUAUGUCGUCAACUGUUCUCACGCGUGGCCGCUGGCAAGGAGUCUGGAGCAUCAUAUCGCACGGAAGUUAGCUAUCUUGAGAUAUACAAUGAGAGAGUGAAAGAUCUACUAGCUACUGAUGCUGGACAUUCCCUUAGAGUUCGAGAGCAUCCGAAGUUGGGACCCUACGUUCAAGAUCUGUCCAAACAUUUGGUAUCGGAUUAUGAUGAUAUUCAGGAAUGUAUGCACCGCGGCAACCUACACCGUACCACAGCAUCCACUCAGAUGAACGACGUGUCAUCUCGAUCUCACGCCAUAUUUACAAUCACAUUCGUCCAAGCCAGCUACCUGCGUCACAACAACAUGCCCAGCGAGACCGUGUCUAAGGUUCACCUCGUCGAUUUGGCUGGAAGUGAGCGAGCGGACGCCACGGGUGCGACAGGCCAGAGGCUGGUCGAAGGAGCCCACAUAAACAAGUCUCUGGUGACUCUGGGCUCUGUCAUAUCCGCACUGGCCGAAGCGACGCAGCCUGCGGACAGAGUUUCACAAGGUCGUACACCUAAAAAUAAGAAAGUGUUCAUCCCAUACCGAGACUCGGUACUAACAUGGUUGCUCAAAGACUCGUUAGGAGGAAACUCGAAAACUAUUAUGAUUGCUGCGAUAUCACCAGCAGAUUGCAACUACGGCGAGACCCUCUCCACUCUCCGUUACGCGAACCGAGCUAAGAACAUAAUCAACAAACCAACUAUCAAUGAAGAUCCAAACGUUAAGCUCAUACGCGAGCUUAGAGAGGAGAUUGAAAAGCUUCGGAAACAGAUAACUUAUAAUACGGAUCAAAUUGACACAGAGCCAGGUGUACUCGCGACACUCCAACGUAAAGAAGCUCAAGAGAAAGUCCUCACAGAGAAGUGGACGGAGAAAUGGCGGGAAACGCAACAGAUCCUACAGGAACAGAAGGCCUUGGGACUAAGGAAAAGUGGUCUCGGAGUCGUUCUAGACUCAGACAUGCCACAUUUAGUCGGGAUCGAUGAUAAUUUGCUAUCGACUGGUGUUACGUUGUACCAUCUAAAGGAGGGCGAGACGCUGAUCGGCAGCGAGGAGUACUCGCCGACGCCGGACAUCGUACUGUCGGGCGCGGGCGUGCUGCCGCUGCACUGCCGCGUGGCGCUGCGCGACGGCGUGGCCACCAUCGCGCCCGAGCCCGCCGCGCAGUGCUGGCUCAACACCGUGUUGCUCGACGGGCCCGCUAAGCUUAGCCAAGGCUGCAUCCUGCUGCUGGGCCGCACGAACAUGUUCCGCUACAACGACCCGGCGGAGGCGGCCAAGCUGCGGCAGGAGGGCGCCUCCGCCAUGAACCUCUCCCGCCUGUCGCUGCUCUCCUGGUCCACCACCGACCUCGCCGCCAGCACUGAAAACCUCAAUAAUACUUUAUCGGACCUGGAAAGUGAGAUCCGGUGCGAGCGCAUUUCAGCGCAGCGCGCGGAGCUGGAGCGCGAGCGGCAGCAGUUCGAACUGCAGCAGGAGGAGCGGCAGCGGCGCUGGCACCAGGAGCGCGAGCAGCUGCAGCAGGCGCAGAAGCUGCUCGAUGAGGAGCGGUCCGCGAUGGAGAACGAGUACGCGGCGGCGUGCCGGCGGCUGUCGGGCGACUGGCGCGCGCUGGAGCGCGGCUGGGCGCUGCGGCGCCGCGCGCUGCGCGCCCGCCAGCGCGAGCUCGCCGCGCGCGCGCGCGCACACGCCGCCGCCGUGCGCGACGCCUCCCGGGAGAUUGAGAAAGAAGAGGCCCAGAUAUCAGAACUGCAGAGUCGUCUCGGCGGGAGUAGGCAGGAGUUGGAGCAGUUCGUGAGGUACCAGGUUCAGGAGUUGGUAGCGAACGGCUGUAAACUCGAUGAGAGUCUAACACCGAGUCCGGACAGCCCGCCAUCGGAAACCUCUACGGAGAGCUUAAUGCAUCUCUUGCAGCAAUGCGAACCUAAUACCGCUAACAGCAUCAAAGAGACUGUAGAAAGACAUAAAAAAGAGUUAGAAAACUUAGAGCAAGAGUUGCAAGGGCGCGUGGCGAGCGUGGCCGCGCACCGCGUCAAGAUAGAGAGGCUGCAGAAGGAGCUGGCCCUGCUCGCGGCGCGGGAGCGGGGGCUCACGCGCGCGCUCGCCGACGGGGACGUGGACAGCGACAUGUCUCCGCUAGAAGGGGUGAAGCGCAGCAAGUCGGAGCUGGUACUGCGCGCGCGCCGCGACGCGCCCGAGCCGCUGUCCGCCGAUGAGAGGGAACACUUCCGGAAUAAGAGGCUUAGCUUAAGCCUCAGCCUGGACCCUCUCCCCUCCCCCUCCACCCUCUCCCCGGACACAUUCCACACGGCCUCGUCCUCCCCCCCGGAAGCCAUCUCCUCCCCCCACACCCCCUCCACCACGGACGUGUCGGGCCUCCUCAGCGAGGAGCCUCCUCUGCCCAAGUUCAAGCUGGGACCAGCGCCCGAUGAUAGUGAUGAUAUGUCCAGUACUGAGGAUUAUCAUAAGCCGCGAAUAGUAGAAGGGCAGUCGUCCAGUUCGGUCGAGAGAUCGCCAGAAGACAGACAUCCGAGGACCAAAUACAGGAGACGUAUUACUGAUGGCAAAUCACGUCGUCAAGUGACAGAGGCGGAAGCACUGCGCGCGAUGCAGAGACUGUGUUCGAGGAUUGCUUCUCAGAAAAUGCUCGUCAUAUCGUCUCUGGAAAACGACUGUUCUAAAGAAGAGCUUAAUAGGCAAAUAGCGGUUCUACAAGAGCUCCAAAAGAAAUACGUCCGUUUAGAAAUGGCGUUACAGUACUCAUUCUUCGACAACCAGCCCAAGCGCACCAUAAUGGUGACCCCCAUACAGGAGACGCCCUCGCUCACCCUCAGCGAGAGCGACAUGCAAGUGUCCACUGAACAGGUCUCUGACACUCAGAAUGGACAUAUUGAAGACCCCUUGCUUAGCAGAUUAAAAGAAACGGAAGUGGAAGCAUCAGACAACGUGUCUACCUCCAACGACGAGCUGCCCUCGGAGCAGUCGUGGCGUGACCCCCUGCGGGACCCGCUGCGGGACCCCCCGCGCGCCCGCGACCUCACGCGCGACCGCGACCCCCCGCACCUCCCGCACCCCCUGCACUCUUCGCCCAUAGCCAUACCUGAUUAUGGUAUGGAAGGUCUUAUGCAUCCUGUAGAUUUUUCGCGCGUGGUGAGCGUGCCGGGAUGGGUGACGCGCGGCGCGGGCGCGCGCACGCACCACGAGUACGAGGUGCGCCUGCGCGUGCCGCCCGCCGCCUGCGCGCUGCUGCGCCGCUACCGCCGCUUCCGCGACCUCUACCUCGCCGCGCGCGCUCUCUACGGGGAGAAGGUGGCGGCGAUCCCGUUCCCGGGGCGCGCGCUGUGGUCGUCGGAGGCGCUGGCGCGCGCGCGGCGCCCGCAGCUGGAGGCCUUCCUGCGCCGCCUGCUGGCCGUGUGCGCCGCCGACUCGCGCUGCCCGCUGCACGCGCAGCCGCUCACCAGGGAGUCGCUCGUCGCCUUCUCGCCCUUCUUCAGGAAGGGCGUGUUCGAGAGCGGCAAGUGCGGCACGGGA